AAGAGCAGUAGAAUUCAAAAUUUCAAAACAAACCUCACCUUGUUCUAUAAUGCAGCAAGUGUUUACUUCGACCUAGCGGGCUGAUACAGAUACAGCUUAAUUCUUUAUUUGAAGUACUUAAAUCAUGGACGCAGAAGAAAAGCACAACGCGAAUCCAAAUGAGAAGUCAACCAAUGCUCCUAAAGCGCCUACAAUCGACGACUUUGUGGUUUUGAAGCCUAUUAGCCGCGGUGCUUUUGGCAAGGUCUACCUUGCACGGAAGAAGUGCAAUGCGCGUUUAUAUGCCAUUAAGGUGAUGAAGAAAGCUGACAUGGUUGAUAAAAACAUGACAGGGCAAAUGAAGGCGGAGAGGGAUGCACUUGCUUUGAGCAAAAGUCCCUUCAUUGUUCACCUCUUUUACUCCCUUCAGACUGCCACCAAGAUCUACCUGGUAAUGGAAUACCUUAUUGGUGGAGAUGUCAAAUCCCUCCUCCAUAUCUAUGGGUAUUUUGACCAGGACAUGUCUGUAAAAUACAUCUCAGAGGUAGCUCUGGCUUUGGACUACCUCCACCGUCAUGGUAUCAUCCACAGGGAUCUGAAGCCCGACAACAUGCUCAUAUCCAACGAAGGCCACAUCAAACUCACAGACUUCGGCCUUUCUAAAGUCAAGCUUGACAGAGAGCUGAAUCUCAUGGAUAUCCUCACAACUCCAUCUUUGGCCAAACCAAACAAAGAUUACUUCCGCACCCCGGGUCAAGUCCUCUCCUUAAUCAGCUCCCUUGGAUUUAAUUCACCUGCAGGAGAAGGCAGGCGCCAUUGCAGUGCAUCUGUUGUGUCCAGCCCAGCGUUCAGCAGCAGAGUAAAACAGAAGAAUAACUCUCUUGAUUCCCCUUUAAUGAAGAGAAAAGACCAGCUGUGUUCUCCAGCUCUCUGCCCUUGGAAAUUGGGACCCAACAGCGCUAUGUUCAGCCCUCAUACCCUGGCAAAGAAUCUCACUCCUACAUUACUGAAGUCUAGAAAAAGGUUUGAGACGAUGAGCGCAGGCAGCACCACCGACACUGAAGGAGCCAUCAGUCCGCUGUGGGAAUGUGAUGAGAAAGAAAAUGAACCCAUUAAUGAGCAGCGUGAGUGCAAAGGCCUCUCUGCCAAGGCCACUCGUAGUCCCUCAAAGCCGUCAAACCAAGAGCAUCUUCCCGAGAAGACGUCUCGUCCCAACAAUCUGGAGUCUGCCUCCAGAGCUCAGGAGGAUCUUUGUCAGUCAGGGGGAGACGACUGUCCACCGUCGUCUGGGAAGAGGACAUUUUCAGAUGUAGAAAAAAGUCCAGAGCCACAAGAGAUUCAAGCUAAAAAGAGAAACGCGGACUACAAGAGGUGCUUCGAGAUUCCAGAGGAGGCAGCGAGGUUUCACACCGGCCUGACCGGAACGUUUUCCACCAUCCAGAUCGCCACCACUGAGGGGAUCCCUAAGCGCUCCAGUCCCAUCGCUGUGGCAAAAAGUCUGUUCUGUGAACUGGAAGAGCCGGUGGAGGACGUGUUUGAGGAGGAACCCAAAGACGUGUCACAUUCCAGCUUCACAUCACCGCUUCCUGGGAGCAGUGACAUCUGCAGGAGCUUGAGUCUUGACUCCGAUGAGUCUGUACAUGAAACGUCUCUUACCAUUGACAGCCAUGCAUCACUCUCACAGAGCAAGCCUUUCAAAAACAGGCAUCUAGACUCCUCCAUUAUAGAAUCACUACCCCAAACUUCUUCCGCCGUCACCAUUGAAACGCCUAAAAUGGUGAUGCAGAGAAGUGACUCCCGGUGCUCCUUCCUCAGCCGGCGCUCUGAGCUCGGCUGUGGCGCGGCACAGUCCCCCUCCUUCCUCAGGCCGCGAAACGUUGUAGCUUUCCGCAGCUACUGCAGCUCCAUCAACCGCUCCAACGUGUCUGGAGUGUCGCGACUUAGCUUUGGAUCUGUGGAGGCCAUGGACACGACGGGCUCUCAUCACUCGGCGAGUGGCGCGGCGACACCGCUGCAGAAAAGACGCAGCUCCAACAGCUCCCUCUAUCAGACUCCUCAGCCCAUGUCGACGUCCCACACGCCUUUCAGGACUCCGAAGAGCGUCCGAAGGGGCGCGCUGCCCGUCGAGGGCGCACCCCUUUUAGGAACCCCCGACUAUUUGGCUCCAGAGCUUCUUUUGGGAAAACCCCACGUUUCAGGAAGUGGUCAGUGUGAGUGCAUGGUGGAUUGGUGGGCGCUAGGCGUGUGUCUUUUCGAGUUCCUCACAGGUGUUCCCCCUUUCAACGACGAGACGCCUCAGCUGGUCUUCCAGAACAUCCUCAACAGAGAUAUCCCCUGGCCUGAGGGAGAAGAGGAGCUCUCUGUAAAUGCAAGGAACGCCAUUGAAAUCUUGCUCACCAUGGACAUGACGAAACGUGCUGGUUUGAAGGAACUCAAGUGCCACCCCCUGUUUGACGACCUGGACUGGGACAACCUGCAGAACCAGCCGAUGCCUUUCAUACCUCAGCCAGAGGACGAAACCGACACCUCGUACUUUGAUGCGAGGAACAACGCUCAGCACAUUGCUCUGUCAGGAUUCAGUCUGUAGAGUCACUCGCUGGGUGAGUUUCAUUAACGAAGCACUAAAAGAAGCACUACACGAAUUUAGUCCGUUAACGGCGUGAGACUGUUGCACCGCUUGCUUCCUGAGUCGGGUUCGUUUUACAGAUAAAUACACGGGAAUGAUGUGGAUUCAGAGUUCAAAGUUUGUUUUUUUCUUUUAAAAAAUCAUUUUAUGUACGUGCAAUCCCUGGUCGUAACAGCCAGAUAGAUGAUCUGUAGAAAGCAAGUUCAUUUUAAAAGUAUCACUGUAUUAUAGUCUCUUAAGUUUUUUUUUUUUUUUUUGUCCCUCAGCAAAAUGCUAUCGACUACUGUUUUGGUCUGCUGCUUUAUUACAUUGUGAUGGUGUUGUGUAUAGAUGUAUGGAGGAACACAACUUCCAAAAAUUAAAAAAUAAAUAAAUCGUUAAAAACAUUCAUAUUCAGUGAAAUGCACCAGAAUCAUUGUAAAAACAAACAUAGCCGUUAAUUAAUUCAUAAACUGUGGCAUAAAUAGAUGUUACUUUUUUUGAAAUGUCAAUUGGAAAAUAAAAACAAGUAAAUUUGUAAUUUGGCAAAUUCACAAGACAACAAAACAAUACAUGGAAUCAAUUAAUAACUUAAAUGGUUGGUUAAAUGGAAAAAUAUGCACAGAGGAAAAUCUGUUUAUUAAGGUUUUAUAAAUGAAUUCAUGUCUACAUUCAUACUAAUUCUUAUUUUUGGUACAUUUAAUCGUGCACUUGUCCUUUAUUUACUUAUUUACUUAUUUUGUUAGUUUUGUUCCUCUCUAGUCGUAUUGAUGUUAACUUCACAUGCAGUUCGGCUCGUUGUAACGUUCCCCUGCUGUAUUCCUGGGUGGGCAGGCCCCCUGAAUUUCUGGGACACGCAUAUUAAUAUAUUCAUAAACAAUGUAUUUUAUAUGUAAAUCUUGUUUGUGUCAUUUAGUGUCACUGUUUUAAGACACGAGUCUUUUUUUUGCCACUUUUAAUAUCAUUUGCAAUUUCACAUCAGUGUUUCUCACUACUUGUUCAUCCUUGCUACUGCUUUCACUUUAUGAAAGAAUGAAAAUACAAAUAAAAUGUGUUUGUAACAUGA